AUGGCAGCCAGUGAUGUGGCUGUAGGCAUCAUCUUCCUGGCACAGACUGUGGUUGGAGCUCUGGGCAAUUCCUCUCUUCUCCUCCAUUACCUGGUCCUUUACUUCCCUGGGUGCAGGGUAAGACCCACAGACUUGAUGAUUCAGCACUUGAUUGUGGGCAACUUGUUAACCCUCCUGUGUAAAGGAGUUCCCCAGACAAUGGCAGCUUUCAUUUUCAAAUUUUCCCUUGGCAAUAUUAAAUGCAAACUGCUUUUCUAUGUUUUAAGGGUGGGCAGGGGUGUGUCCAUUGUAACCAUGUGUCUCCUGAGUGUCUUCCAGGUCAUCACCAUCAGCCCGAAGGACUCUAGAUGGGCAGGACUUAAAGUGAAAGCUCCCAGGUACAUUGGAUCCUCCAUACACCUGAGCUGGAUUCUGUAUAUGCUUAUAAAUAUCAUUGUUCUCAUAUACAUGACUGGAAAAUGGAGCAACACAACAAUAACAGACCUAAAAGAUUUUGGAUACUGUUCUGCCAUUCGUCCUGACAUAACCAUAGACUCACUCUUUGCAGCAUUGGUGGCAUUCCCUGAUGUCCUGUGUGUGGGGCUCAUGCUCUGGGCCAGCAGCUCCAUGGUGCUCAUCCUGCACAGGCACAAGAAGAGAAUGCAGCAUGUUCAUAAGGCCAGCGCCCCCAGGUCCUCCCCCGAGUCCAAGGCCACCAAAACCAUUCUCCUCCUGGUGAGCACCUUUGUCUCUUUGUACACACUUUCCUGCAUCUUUCAGGUUUGUGUGACUCUUUUGUCUAAUCCCAGCAGGUUCUUGGUGAACACAGCUGCAAUAGUUGCUGGGUGUUUUCCAGCUGUCAGCCCCUUCCUGCUCAUGAGCAGAUACUCCAGUGCAUCCCGGCUCUGUUUUGCCUGUAUAAAAUUUUUUUAA